AUGGAGUUGAUGGAGGCUAUCCAGACCAUAGAGGGUGCAUGUGCACAGCUGUGCGCUCUUGUCGCUCGUCCGAACCAUACAAUGCUCAACAUGUUCGAACCUGCCUGUAUUCGCGUUGCAAUUGAAUUCAAAAUCGCUGACCACCUCUUCGCCAGACCUGAAGGUCUUCACGUGUCCGAGCUUGGUGCGCUAUCGGGAGUAGAACCUCAGAAGUUAGGAAGAAUUUUGAGCUUACUCGCCAGCAAGCAUUGUUUCCGGAAGAUCGAACGUGAUGUUUUUGCGAAUAAUCGUCUCAGUAUGGCGCUCGUAAGCGCGGGUGGUAUAGCAGCGUACGCCAAUAUUAUUACCGACGAAGUCAACAAAUCUGCUUCCAUGCUCACCGAGAAUCUACGAGACCCGGAUUGGGGACAUUCAUAUUCGCCUGCUCAUGCGCCAUUCAAUUCCUGGAGCAAAUACCCUGGUUCAAUAUACUCGUGGUAUGAAGGAAUAGGAACAGAUGAUGGCGUCGUGAGGGGCAUGCGCUUCGGGCAGGGUGGUAUCGGGUCCAUCUCUAUGCAGCUGGCGGAAGCCUAUCCCCACCUCCGUAUCGUGCUCCAAGAUCUACCCGCACCAAUACAGAAUGCGAAGAACGACAUCUGGCCAAAAUUAUGUCCCGCGGCUAUUGAAACUGGGCGUGUAGAUUUCAAGGCCAUGGAUUUCCUGGUCGAAUCUCCAGUCGGAGGCUGCGAUGUGUACUAUGAAUGCAAGAUGAUUCUUACUGGUGUGAAGAACGCUAUGGGACGAAGCAGUCGUCUGUUAAUUCACGAACAUCUUAUUCAACCUGUAAACCGAGAGAAUACCCUAUCUCCGGGCCUGAAAGAAGCUCCUGAUCCUCUUUUACCUAAUUAUGGAGCUGGACGUAUACGCCAGUACAACCUUGAUUUGGCGGUAAUGUAUGGGAUUUUGGAGAGAGUGGACUUGCUGAAUUUUGCUUGGAGUGAGUCCAGCUGGGGUGGCGACCAGGGUAGCAAUUUCUUUAAUGUCCUUUACAUUGAAAAUUCUAGUCUAAAGCGCCUGACUCAGACAGGACGUCGAAUUGUGAUCGCGACAAAAGUCGCCGGAAAUGCCAGAUAG